AUGGCCGCAUUCGAUAUGCUUGUGGUGGGCUCCGGUGGCGGUCCCGAUGAAUCCAACCUAUCAGCGUAUUUGCUCAAACCCCGUCAGGCUGCUUGGAAUGAUGGUAUCAUCGCAUUAGAGGCGGGGUCGGGUCUUGGCGCGCUUAGACAUAUCAUGAAACGCGACCCAAACAUCUUCGGAGAACAUCCAACGGACGCGAAUCCAACAUCCUUCACUCCUCUCACGGUGUAUGCAAAUGUCAAGUGCUUUCUCCUUACACACGCGCACCUCGACCAUAUAGGCAGUCUUGUAAUGGCCGCGGGCUCACUUGGCGGUGCUAGAAAACGUAUAUAUGGCUCAGCCCAAACUCUCAGCGAUCUAGAAACUAUCUUCUCCGGAAGAAUAUGGCCCAAAUUAGCCACAUAUGAUGAGAAUAACCCGUUAUUCCAAUUGGUGUAUCACGCCCUCCGUGCAGAUGACAAAUACGAGGUCAUCUUCCCAGAUAUCUCCGUUCGCCUCAUGACCGUCAGCCACGGAAUGAACGACUCUGGUCAGUAUGACGGCGCUUGUUUUUUCAUCCGGCAUGACCCUACAAACCAAGAGUUCAUCUUUUUCGGUGAUGUGGAGCCUGAUAGCAUCUCUGUCGAGCCAAAGAACAUCGCCGUCUGGCGUGCAGCAGCACCAAAGAUACCGCAUGUCAUAUCCACCAUCUUCAUCGAGUGCUCAUACCAAGCAGGGCGGCCGGACGGGCAACUUUGGGGUCACCUCAGUCCCGUGCAUUUGGUACAGGAGCUGGUCACGCUAGCAACAGAGGUUGUCAUCGCCCGAAAAGAACGUAGAUCUUGCUCAGGAUCGAGGCCGCGAAAGAAGCAACGAAUGUCACCUGAAGCCCUUCAUGGCGCACUUGAAGGUGUCAAAGUUUACAUCAUGCACUGCAAAGAGCAAUUUGCUACAGAACGGCCGAUCAACCACGUUAUCGGUGACCAAUGUCGUGAACUGCUUGCACCCCACCAAUUAGGGGUCGAACUGCUCACUGCGGACCAAGGCAUGAAGAUUGGUGGGUCCAAUCGUCCUAUCGGCUUUGCGAUAUACUUAGUACUAACUUACGCCUCUUCAAGUGAUCUGAACCUUAUCCUCAACGAACUUUUCUUAUUCGUUCAAUUAUUCGUUGAGAUAUUUAUAUUUGGAGAAAUUCACCGAUACCAGUCCUCACCUUGUCCUUUUUACCACCAGUCUGUUUUAUCACCACUAUAA